CACUUGGGGAGCAAAAGGCUGUAUAGGCUCCAAUUUCCUUGAAGGAAAAAAAAACCGUCCUAAGAGAGAAAAGAAGAGAGAUGGUGAGACCAGUUAGGCCUCAGUUCGUCCUGUUUGGAUCAUCCAUUGUUCAACUUAGUUUCAGCAACGGUGGAUGGGGUGCUAUUCUUGCUGACGUCUAUGCCCGCAAAGCUGACAUACUUUUACGAGGAUAUUAUGGAUGGAAUUCACGGCGCUCCCUAGAGGUGCUCGAUCUUGUAUUUCCAAAGGACGAUUCUAAUCAGCCUUCAUUGAUAAUUACUUAUUUUGGCGGUAAUGAUUCGAUGGGGCCUCAUCCAUCUGGCCUUGGGCCCCAUGUUCCACUUCCCGAAUAUAUAGACAACAUGAGGAAAAUAGCAAUUCAUCUCAAGAGCCUUUCGGAUUCAACGCGCCUGAUAUUUCUUACUUGUCCUCCUGUUGAUGAAGAAAGAGUAAAUAAGAACAUAAGUCAAUAUUUAAGCCACCUUGUUCGAACAAACGAGUUAUGCCGGACUUAUUCUGAAGCUUGUAUCCAGCUCUGCCAGGAAUUGGAUAUCAAGGUGGUUGAUCUUUUCACUGCUAUUCAACAAAGAGAUAAUUGGAAAACCAAUUGCUUCACAGAUGGAGUUCAUCUAUCAGCUGAGGGGAGCAAAAUAGUGGUGGCAGAGAUACUGAAAGUACUGAAAGAAGCUGAGUGGAAGCCAUCUCUGCACUGGAAAUCCAUGCCGACUGAAUUCUCAGAUGACUCUCCUUAUGAUCUCGUUGCUGCUGAUGGGAAAACCACGUUGAAUCCGUCCGAAUGGACAUUUCACCGAGCUAUUCAGUGGGACUAGAGUUCAGAGGUGUCCUUAAGAUCAUCAUAUCUCGAAAUCCCAUGGAAAUUAAAUGAUGAUAAAGGUCUAUAGAUAAAAUUAGGAAAGACUUGAGCUUUGAGUACUAUGGUUAAUUCUUGCAAAGAUAUCGAGAGUUUAAUUCAA